AUGCUCAACAAAAAGGAAGUUGACUAUGCGGUGGUGCCUUUUGAAAACUCCACCAACGGGCAGGUUGUGUUCACCUUUGACUUGCUCAGAGACUGGUUUCUUUCGGCCGAUGCCGAACCGUCUUUCCGCAUCGUUGCUGAACAGUUUGUCUCCAUUCACCAUUAUCUUCUCUCCAACGCUUCAGAUCUUUCCAAAGUGACCAGAGUGUAUUCACAUCCCCAAGUGUGGGGCCAGGUGAACAAAUUCUUCAAGCUGGCGCUUUUGCCGCCCGACGUCACCCGAAUCGACACAAGUUCAACGGCACAGGCGGCCGAGAUGGUUGCUGCGGACACAGAGAACACGUCGGCGUGCAUCAGUCUGAAAGCCAGCGCAGACUUGUACGGUUUGCCCAUCUGCGCAGCUGAAAUCGAGGACGUAAAGGGAAACACGACCCGUUUCCUAGUUCUUGGCCACGAAAAGAUUGCCUCCAGUGAUGAAGACAACGAGAAUGAUAAACCAAAGACACCAGGAAACGAACAGGUUUCUUUAACUUCUGUCAUGUUCGUAUUGAAUCACGACGAUCCGGGAGCACUCUGUCUGGCCUUGGACUCAUUCAAACACAACAAGGUCAAUCUCACAUCGAUCGCAUCGCGGCCGUCGGGCCAAACACGGUGGCAGUAUGUGUUCUUCAUCGAAGCUGAAGGUGACAUUGAAAGCACGCCAAUGCAGCACAGUGUGGAGUCGUUGAAGCAAAGCUGCGAGACGGUUGUCGUAUUGGGCUCUUUCUUGCGAUCCUGGAGGUACUGGAAGAGUUAG